AUGUUAAGAGCUGGCGUCUUUAGAAAUACAUGGACAAGAUCCUAUGCUACGAAGAAAGCCCAUGAUUUGGUCGUCAUUGGUGGUGGUCCAGCAGGUUAUGUUGCUGCUAUUAAGGCUGCCCAAUUAGGUUUUGAUACCGCCUGUAUCGAAAAACGUGGUAAACUUGGUGGUACCUGUUUAAACGUUGGUUGUAUCCCGUCCAAAGCUCUAUUAAAUAAUUCCCUACUAUAUCAUCAAAUUUUAUCUGAUACAAAAACAAGAGGUAUCGACGUCGAUAAGAGUGCUGUUAAAUUAAAUUUCGAUAAAUUUAUGGCAGCUAAGGAAAAAGUCGUUAAUCAAUUAACUGGCGGUGUAGAAAUGCUAUUUAAGAAAAAUAAAAUUACAUACUACAAGGGUGAAGGCUCAUUCAAAGAUGAGAAGUCUCUUGUUGUAAAACCCGUGGAAGGUCUUGCUGGUUCCGUCUUCGAAGAGAUAGAAUUAAAUGCAGAGAAGAUUUUGAUCGCUACAGGCUCUGAAGUAACUCCAUUCCCAGGUAUAACUAUUGAUGAGGAAAGAAUUGUCUCUUCCACGGGUGUUCUUUCUUUGAAGGAGAUUCCAAAGCGUCUUGCUAUUAUUGGUGGUGGUAUUAUUGGUUUAGAGAUGGGUUCAGUUUAUAACAGAUUAGGUUCUAAAGUUACCGUUUUGGAAUAUCAACCAGCUAUUGGUGCGUCUAUGGAUGGAGAAGUUGCCACUGUUACUGCCAAAUUGUUAAAAAAACAAGGUAUGAAUUUUAAAGUCUCCACAAAAGUUCUUGGUGCUACAAGAAACGGUGAUGUGGUAGAUAUUGAAAUGGAAGACGCUAUCACUGGUAAAAAAUCUACAUUACAGGCCGAUAUUCUCUUAGUUGCCGUUGGUAGAAGACCUUACAUUAAAGGUUUAAAUGCUGAAGCUGCUGGGCUAGAAGUAGACAAAAAAGGUCGUCUUGUCAUUGAUGAACAAUUCAGCACUAAACAUCCACAUAUUAAAGUUGUUGGAGAUGUCACUUUUGGUCCAAUGUUAGCACAUAAAGCUGAAGAAGAAGGUAUUGCUGCUGUGGAAAUUUUUAAGACCGGUCAUGGCCAUGUUAACUACAAUAACAUCCCAUCUGUGAUGUACACUCAUCCAGAAGUUGCAUGGGUAGGUAAGACUGAAGAACAAUUAAAACAGGAUGGUAUCUCUUAUAAAGUUGGUAAAUUCCCAUUCAUUGCUAAUUCGAGAGCUAAGACUAAUAUGGACACGGAUGGUUUUGUCAAAAUUUUAAUUGAUGUUGAGACUGAACGUAUUCUAGGUGCCCAUAUCAUUGGUCCAAAUGCCGGUGAGAUGAUUGCUGAAGCUGGAUUGGCUUUGGAAUAUGGUGCAUCUGCAGAGGAUGUUGCUAGAGUUUGUCAUGCCCACCCAACAUUAUCAGAAGCCUUUAAAGAAGCCAACAUGGACGCAUACUCUAAACCAAUUAACUUCUAA